AUGGCGUCGCUCAAGGGCAAGGUGAUCGCGAUAACGGGCGCUGGGUCAGGUAUCGGAAUGGCAACCGCUCGAGAAUGCGCCUCUAGAGGAGCCAGCAUCGCUCUUUGUGAUAUCAACCAGGCAGCAGCUAAUAAAUUAGCCGAGGAGAUCAAGGCGAAAGGUGUCGAUGUGAUCGUCACCCGUGUCGACGUGAGCAAGUCCGACGAAGUCGACGCAUGGACCGCGCAGAUUAUCGAGCAUUUUGGAAGACUCGACGGUGCUGCAAACAUUGCAGGCGUCGAAGGCCCACCAGGAAGCAAGGUCUUCGCCAACAUUGUGGACAUCUCGAAUGAACACUGGGAUUUCAUAAUGGGGGUCAAUCUGACUGGUCUGUUCUAUUGCCUUCGAGCGCAGUUACGCGUGAUGAAAGAGGGUGCUUCCAUUCUGAACGUGGCAAGCAUGGCAGGACUCAUGGGGAGGCCUGGAAUCGCAGCUUAUAGCUCAAGCAAGCAUGGCGUGGUUGGGCUAUCACGAUCGGCGGCGAAGGAAGUGGGCGUGCGAGGCAUCCGGGUUAAUACUCUCGCUCCAGGACCAGUCGGCACCCCCAUGUUGGACAGACUCCAGAAGGAUGCUGGUACAGACAACGCAGUCACUAAUACUUACAAGAAUGUGCCAUUGCAAAAGCUAGGCACAGCUGAAGAGAUGGCAAAGACAAUUUGCUUCGCUCUCAGUGAUGACGCCAGCAAUACCACGGGCGCCACUUUCUCCGUCGAUGGAGGCGUAGCAUGUUGA